AUGAAGAGUACGAAAAUUAUUGUUCUCGGCACCGGUCUCAAGGAGUGUAUCCUCAGUGGUCUCCUCUCCGUCGAUGGUGUCAAGCUUUCGAAGAAGUUCAGGGGAGAAGACAAGGCAGAUUACAAUGUUGACAUGAUGCCUAAGGUAUUGUUGUUAAUUACACCUUCCUGGGUUGGUUUCACUGACAACGAGAGGCUCAUUGGUGAGGCUGCUAAGAACCAGGCGGCUGUUAAUCCUGAGAGGACUGUUUUUGAUGUCAAGAGAUUGAUCGGGAGAAAGUUUGAGGACAAAGAGGUCCAGAAGGACAUUGUGAACAAGGAUGGCAAACCAUACAUUCAAGUCAAGAUCAAGGAUGAUGAGACCAAGGUUUUCUCUCCUGAGGAAGUCAGUGCCAUGAUCUUGACUAAGAUGAAGGAGACUGCUGAAGCUUACCUUGGAAAGAAAAUCAAGGACGCAGUUGUCACUGUUCCAGUCACAGAUGCUGUGAUCUUUGUCCCAAGGAAGCCGCCAUCGAGUAUCAGCAGUGAGUCCUUGCUGGCUUCUGCUAAGAACGGACUUGCUGUGAAGAUACUUAGCAAAGGAAAACAAGUACCUAAUGACCCUGUUGUUGAUAACCUAAACACCCGCCAAAAAGGAUGGGAAAGAAUGGUACUGCAAAUCAUGUUUCUUGGCCCAUCUAAUCUCUUGGAACCAAACACUAGCUUUGCACAAAUGUCUCAGAAGCUUAUCGUUUCUCCCAUUGUUAAGACUUUGGUCUUUAGCAAAGUCCCUGAGAAGGUAAGGGAUUGGAUAGAUGAGAUAGCGAGUGAGUGGAGAUUCAAAAGGAUAAUCCCUGCUCAUUUCGAUGCUCCAGUAAACGUAGGGAGGUCAGAGUUUCUAGCUGCGUUUGGGUUUCUUGAUGAUCUUCUAGGUGAAAGAUCUGUAAAACGUACUCCUUCCCUCUCUAUUCUAUUCUCAUCGCUAAUGGGUAAAGCAGCAAGCUAUUUUCCUCCAGAUGAUAUGAGAACUCUCUCUUCUCUUGAUCAGUUCUUAAUCUCUGUUGGUGCUGUCAAAAAGACUGUCUCUGGUAGAAAAAAACUAAGAUGA